AUGGCUACGGAUAAUUCAAACAAUAAUACAACUCUUGAUAUCGCCCUAGAAGAACUGCUCAAUAAUACAGAAUUCCGUCAACAAUAUGAUACAACAUAUGUACGACCAACUACAACAGAAAUAGAAACAACAGGCAGCGGUAAUACUAUUCAUGCACAUGAAAACGUCUCAUCUACUGAAACAACACCUAAUUCAUUGAAUAUUGCCCAUCUUCACGAGUCUCAAGCGCAUGAGAAAGAGAGCUCCAUUCGUUCGUGUCAAUCACAAAGUCAAACAACCAAAGAAGUAUACUCAUCUCUUGAUGACAUAGUUGAAAUCAUUACAAUACAUGAUAGCGAAAUUAUUCCACCAUCCACAUCGAUGGAACAGACAAAAUUUCCAACACCAAUGAAAGCAUCCACAGGAAUACACCCAAUGACUUCACCACUAAUAUCAACCGUUACUCAAUCUCCAAACACACCAUUCAUGCAAUCAAUUGGUACCAUGCCCAUCACUCCCACAGGUUAUAAAUCAAUAGGGACCUUACCAAUGACACCUCCAGGUUCCAAAACCACCGGUACAAUGACAGACCCACCAAUCAGUACGCCAGCGGAUAACUUGCAACCGAACCUACAAUCCACAACCAUCCACGCUGACAUAUCCAAUCACGGAUCAACGGCGAUUGCCUUAACCAUCCAACUUAAUUCCUCUAAAUCACCAACAGAAACUCAACAUGUCAGCUAA